UCAGCCCAGAGGAGCUGGCAGCCUUACCCACCAGUCUGCUCGGGGCGCAGCUUCCCCCCCACCCCCCCAGCCGGUCCAGAGCUUAGAGAUAAGACCAUUCCUCAGCUGGUGUGUUGUCCUGAGAGCACUCGUGGUGCAGCUGGCAGCCCUGCCUGCCUCCCUGUGCAGACGUGCUGCAUGCAUCCCAAACUUACAGGAGGCUGGGUGCCCUUCCUGACUAUAGGGCCUGCUAAAGGGACUUCUUCAAUUUAGCUGAGGGUGCAGCUCAGCAAAGUCUCCUGGAAGAAGCCCCAACUGAGCUUGCUGAGUUGCUUCCAGGGGGAUCCAGCACCUCUGGCAGCAUCCCUUCAACCAGGGGAGGUCAGACGGGAUGGAGAGAUGCUGCACAUCCAUCAGCAGCAGGGAGAGGUCACAGCAGGGGGAGCAGAGUGCCUGCAGUGGGGUUUCUUCGAUGUGUGAGCACAGGCUGCUAUGGGACAGGGAGCCUGCAAGCAGCCGUGGGCUGGGACCAUGCUGGUGUGCGUAGGAUUGGCUGUGGGAUGGAAAUAACAGCAGAAAGUCAGGACGGAAACUGAACUGCCAGAGGCUUUAAGGAUUUCAGCAUGAGUACAACAGGAAAGCCCAAAGUGUACCAAGGUGUCAGAGUAAAGAUCACUGUUAAGGAGUUGCUGCAGCAGAGAAGGGCACGGCAAGCAGCAACCGGCGCGGCGGUUUCCUGGGGCAGCAACAGCAUCCAGUUUGCAGAGUCCGUGUCUCCUCCUCACCCAGCACCUUUUGAUGCAGAACCCAUCUCUUCAGCUCCCAACUAUUGCCCAUCAAGGCAGUUCUCAAACUGCCUCUCCUGCGAGGAGAGCCCCAGCCACCUGGAGCAGCUGGUGGACUCCUACCUGCAGGCGGAGGCAGCCUUCGAGCCAUCCCUGGGCACUCUGCAGACACCAUCACAUUACAUCCCUGACUCCUUCCAGCCAGUCCCUCUUUGCUUCAACCAGGGCUUGGCUGCAGCAUCCCCGAGCCCAGCUGAUCUGCCCAACGCGCUGCCCCACGGCUGCCCCGCUCCCCAGCUGCCCCCAUUCACCCCCCUGACCCACAGCCCACCUCCUGCCCUGGACCCCAUGCCCUACGGCUGCCCAGCAGAGGGCUGGCCCUGCCACCCCCCAUCCCCCUACACGCCCCUCGCCUGCUGCUGUGCUGCCUGCAGCCCCCCGCACACCGACCCCAAGGUCCCACAACGUUUCCCCUGCCCUGGCACGGAUUGCUCGGGCUGCCUGCCACCCACUGACGACUUCUUCAGGAGGGACAGGAGCUGGGACAUCUGUUACAGCUAAUGGGGAGGGGCUGCACGCUGCCUUCACGUUGGCAUCGUUGCCUGGGAACUGCAUACGGUUGCACUGCCUCCAACUCAUCACUACUCGCACAUGGUGUUGCCACUACAUUCAUCCUCCUGUUUUCUGUGGUCGGGGGUAGCUUUUUUUUAUUUGGUCUUUAUUUUAUUCCCUGGUUUUGUUUUUCUAAGAACUUCCCCCCAGCUGCCUUACCAAACCCGUGUCACUAACACCAGCUCUUUGUGUCACAAA